AUGAAUCAACAAGUACAGAACAGUAUCACUCCAUCUUCUCUACCUGUAGAAAAGAAUACAAUUACGAAUUCCUAUUAUGAUGUUAUAUCAGGAUUAGCUGCCUUGGAAAGAUCCCACCAGAUCACAUUUAGCCAAGAUGAACUACUACAGUUAACAGAGAACUCGAAGAAAGUUAGAAAGUCUAAAAAUGAGAAAAGGAAAAUAAUAGAUACUGCAGUAAGGCCAACGAUCCAUAGUUACCUCGGGGGCACCAUAAACGUUACCGACAAAACAAAUUAUGACGUUAGUCAUACCCUUCUCGGUAAUCAUGUCCCGAAAAGUCAACUGGAAACCUUGUCAAGUAUUGAUUUUGCCCAACUAUUUCAUAAAUAUUUAUCAUGUGAGGAUGUUUUACAGAUUCAUGACAUCUUUUUCUCAAAUUCGUUCCCUAACACAUUCUCAAGUCCGCCUGUGGAUAUCCAUAAUGAGGACACAAAUAAGGAAGGUGAAAAGGCCAAAGUUAGGAAAGUUAUAAUAUGUAAAAGAUGUAACUCAAGAUUCACGGGACGGAAUAGAAUGUCAUUAUUAAAAAAGCAUACUUGUAAUAACAGAAGAAGACACUAA